CCGCCCCGCUGCGGGCCGGGCCGGGCCGGGCCGGGCGCGGGGACCGUGGCGCGGCUCUUUGUGCUCCGGACCCGGAGCGGCGGGCCGCGGGCCGGACUCCGAGGCCGCAGAGGGGGCUCCGGGCGCCGUCGCGGCUCCUCUCUGCGAGGCGCCCGGGGCCGGCGGCUCCAUUUUGUGCCGGGAGCUCCGGCGGGCCUGGGGGGACGCGCCUCGGCCCCCGGACCGGAUCUGCCUCAGGUCCCGGCCGCCGCGCGGGGGACCCCGGGGGGCGCCCCCCUUCCGCCCGCGGGGCGCGGCGGGGCCCAGGCCGCUUUGUGUGGCCGCCCGGGCGUUGGGCCGCGCCGGGGGGAUGCGCGGUGCCCGGGCGGGACUGACAGGUCGGCGGGGCCGCGGGCACCUGGCCGGGGAGGAAGGCGCGGCUCCGGCAGCCCCGCAGCCUGGCCUCGGCGGGAGCAAUGCGGCCACCGGGCGGCUGGCGGCCCCGCUCUCGCCGCGAAGGUGGGAAGGCGGCUCCGGCGGGUGGACCCCGAGGUUCCUCAUCUUUGGGGGGGGGGGUGGAGGAGGGAAGCUCUGCCCGGGCCUUCGGGAACCGGAGCGUCUGAGAACAAAGAAUUUACGGAGCACCCACAAGUCGCAGUCUCGCCUCAAGUGCUGUAACAAGAUCAUCCCAGCAAGGUUGAAAUUGGACUGGCAUCAGACACCUUUUUAGAGGUGUCCUUGAGCACCAGUGACAGCCAACACAAUUCUGACAGUAUUUCAUGACAAUGGAUGGUGACAGUUCUACAACAGAUGCUUCUCAACUAGGAAUUUCUGCAGACUAUAUUGGAGGAAGUCAUUAUGUUAUACAACCCCACGAUGAUACUGAGGACAGCAUGAAUGAUCACGAAGACACAAAUGGUUCAAAAGAAAGUUUCAGAGAACAAGAUAUAUAUCUUCCUAUUGCAAAUGUGGCACGGAUAAUGAAAAAUGCCAUACCUCAAACGGGAAAGAUUGCAAAAGAUGCCAAAGAGUGUGUUCAAGAAUGUGUGAGUGAGUUCAUCAGCUUUAUAACAUCCGAAGCAAGUGAAAGAUGCCAUCAAGAGAAAAGAAAGACAAUCAAUGGAGAAGAUAUUCUCUUUGCCAUGUCUACUUUAGGCUUUGACAGUUAUGUAGAACCUCUAAAAUUAUACCUUCAGAAGUUUAGAGAAGCUAUGAAAGGAGAGAAAGGAAUUGGUGCAGCAGUCGCAGCUGCAGAUGGGCUAAGUGAAGAACUAACAGAGGAGGCAUUUACUAACCAGUUACCAGCUGGAUUAAUAACUGCAGACGGCCAGCAACAAAAUGUCAUGGUUUACACAACAUCGUAUCAACAGAUUUCUGGUGUUCAGCAAAUUCAGUUUUCAUGAUCUGAAGAAAUGACUGAGUGGGGAGUGCAGUGAAGUAAGAGCCUGUACAAUUCUGGGACGGACAGAGGCAGCAGAAGGAAAUGGCUGGUGAAAAAGAUGUCUCUUUGUAUAUUGAGUAGCUGUUAUGUAGCUUCCUGAUGCUCGACUAAUUGAGGUGUUAAUUUUGACUCGAGAAUCUUUUUUCACGAAUGAUUUUAAAAGAAAAAUUUGGAUCUUAAAGGUAUUAAAAUAUUUUUGUUUUGUACAAGAGUUUGUUGCUCUGUGUGACUCCUGUAUGCAUUGUAUAUUGCGAUUUAUUACUGUCAGAGAUUUGUAGACAGUUUCUUAUUUUCAUAUUGAAUCAUGUUACUUUUGUAAUUCAAGUAAGCAGCUGGGUUGAUUCCUGAUGUUUGCCCUUUUAAUAAAAUAUGAGGGUAGAGUUCAUUUUUGAAUGCAAAUUGCCUUUAUUGUAGAUUUGAGUUUGUCUUGGUUAUAUACUAUCUUGCAUGGUAACCUAGCUAGACUUUCAGCAUUCACCAUAUUUAUUAAGAUUUUUUUUUUAUAACAUUCAUAGUUUAAACAGCACCAUUUUUUUUUUUUUUUACAAAGUUUAAUUGAAGAACUAAAUGUGAGUGCAGAAGCAAAUAUUGUCUGCCCUGCUAGACUUGGUGCCCAUCAACAGUGUUUACACUGCUUAUUGUGCCUGUUAAGACUGUUUUAGUUUAUUGAAGCUUUUAAGAUGAGACUUGUUUUUGAGUUACAUUAUGAUUGUUGAAAUCCAUUUAAGAUUAGUGUGGCUUAGUACUCUUGAAAUGACACCUCUUUCCUUUUGAUUUUUUUUUUUCCACCCAGAAGAGAUUUUAUUGAAUGAUGGCAAAUGUCCUGAGUUUACCUUUUUUUUUUUUUUUUUUAACUGAAAUGCCAUUUCUAUUAGACUUGGGGAGCCAAGAAAUGUCAGACAUCAUUGUGUGUAUACAGACCUCUUUUUUGCAUGGGUGAGUGAGUAAGCUGAGUUGGAGAAUAGAAUGAGUGCUUUGAAUGCUAUGAAACAGAAGCUGCCAACUCCUAGUAUGUUGUCUUGCUCUUUGCAUUAACUAAAUUUAGAUAAUGUCAGUUUGUAUUAUCUAGUAGUCUAUGUGCUAGGCUCUUCCCUUUUUUAAAACAAGAAUUUGUAUUAUCUCAUUGUUUAUAAUAACUAAUUUGAUUUUUUUUAAUACCAGCAAUUGCUAUUGUAUAGUUUGUCUAAAAGGAAGUUUGAACAUCAUCUUGGAAAGACACUGAUGUUUAUUAGAAACAAUUUCCAAAGAAUAGGCAGAAUAGAAGCAUUUAUUAUCAGAAGGAGCCUUGGGUUGGGGGUGGGAGCACAUCUGGUAUAAUCUUGUAACUCACUAUCCUCCCAUUUGAAAAAGAGUCUCCGUUCCAGAAAAUCCAACUAGUCAGAAAGUGGUUAAACAAAAUCAACUGUCUUCCUACUAUGUUGAAAUAACUAAUGUCAAUAAUUUGGUAAAUACCAUUUGUCCUUUUGCUUUGCUAAAUAUGUAUAUUUUUAUAAAAAUGGGCUCAUACUUGCAUACUGUUUUGUAGCCUGCUUUUUUUCACUUAAUAUAUUGUGAUCAUCUUCCUAGGUUGUUAACAUAGUCUAUUUUUAUUUGCUUAUUCUGUUGUACAGCUAACCCAUCAUUUAAUCCUCUCGGACAUUUUGACCACUUGCACCAUUUUAAGUUAUAAACAGCACUUCACUGAA